UCGGUGUUGUUGAGUUGCGGUAAAGAGCUUGGAAAAAAACUUUUAAGGAUGCCUGAGCCGGCAAAAUCCGCUCCAGCGCCCAAGAAAGGCUCAAAGAAGGCGGUCACCAAGACCCAGAAGAAGGGCGACAAGAAAAGAAAGAGAGCGAGGAAGGAGAGCUAUUCCAUCUACGUGUACAAGGUGCUGAAGCAGGUGCACCCCGACACGGGCAUCUCGUCUAAAGCCAUGAGCAUCAUGAACUCGUUCGUCAACGACAUCUUCGAGCGCAUCGCCGGCGAGGCGUCGCGCCUGGCGCACUACAACAAGCGCUCGACCAUCACGUCGCGGGAGAUCCAGACGGCCGUGCGGCUGCUGCUGCCCGGUGAGCUGGCCAAGCACGCGGUCUCGGAGGGCACCAAGGCGGUCACCAAGUACACCAGCUCCAAAUAAGAAGGUUCUUCACAAAACCCAAACGGCUCUUUUCAGAGCCCCCAACUUUUCUAAGAAAGGGCUGCAAUUGCUUUUUUGAUAUGUAUUUUACAAAACAAGGGAAGAAAACCUUACUCUAUUAAUAAUACUUAAGCAAUAAACGGCUCUCGUUGUGAA